ACACAAACAAGCUAGCUACUUGUUAAUAAUAUCUUAUUUCUCACACUAGCAAUAUUCUUAAUUCAUCAUCAUGGGUGUUUUCAGUUUUGAGGAUGAGGCCACCUCAAUUGUAGCUCCUGCUACUCUCUACAAAGCUCUAGUUACAGAUGCUGACAACCUUACUCCAAAGGUUAUUGAUGCCAUUAAGAGUGUUGAAAUUGUUGAAGGAAAUGGUGGCCCUGGAACCAUCAAGAAAUUCACUUUCGUCGAAGAGGGAGAAACCAAGUUUGUGUUGCACAAAGUGGACGCAAUAGAUGAUGCUAAUUGGGCUUACCACUACAGCAUAGUUGGAGGUGCUGGGCUUCCAGACACAGUUGAGAAGAUCUCAUUUGAGGCUAAAUUGAUUGCAGGCCCAAAUGGAGGAUCCAUUGCAAAGUUGAGUGUGAAGUAUCACACCAAAGGAGAUUUUACUCCUUCUGAAGAGGAGCUCAAAAGUGGCAAAGCCAAGGGUGAUGGUCUUUUCAAGGCACUUGAGGGUUAUUGUUUGGCCAAUCCUAAUUACAAUUAAGUGCUUUUAUUAUACCUGGUGUGUUGUUUUGUGACACAUUUUAUUAUAUUUAGUGUGCUUAAUUUGGUUGCCAAAUGUCAUACUCUCUUCUUCUUUUCAUUUUGUUGUGGAAGUGUGAGAUUGUAAGUCAAGUGUGUACUUCGCUACAUCAAUAAAUUUUAAUAAUAACAAAUAUUACAAUAAUAGUUUAAGAAAUUUCUAUU